GACUAUAAUUUCCACGGAACAAAAAUUAACAAAAUCUUUGAAAGAAACGAAUCAUAUUUUGGAAUUUCCUCAAGAUAUCCACAAGCAUAUAAUUAAUUUAUCUAACUGCACUCUAUCCCAACUACAGUUGGAAGCAUUAUCUUAUGGAUUGAAGUACAAAACUAUCCCUAUGAAAAUAAACAAAAUGGAAGUUCAGUCACAGUAUGAAAACCUUUAUGAUCAAAUCUCCGAUUUAACUCCUUCUAGUAAAGAUAAUCUUGACUGGUUUAAAGUUAAACUGGUAGACAUUUCUCACCAAUUUCUAAAUGCUAGAAUACACCAGAAAAAUGGUUUAUCAAAAGAACACCACGCCGCACUUAAGGAAUUAAUUGAAAAAGAUAAUCUUAUUAUCCUUAAACCUGAUAAGGGAGAAGGCGUUGUCAUUAUGAACAAAUCGGAUUAUCAAAAUAAAAUGAAUGAUAUCCUCAAAGAUCAGUCCAAAUUUCUGGUGGACAAUGCUACUGAUAAUGUGCUGCUUGUGGAAAAGCAGAUCAACCGUCAGCUUCAGAUUUUACUGAUGCAUGGUUUUAUAGAUGAAAAACUCUAUAAACAACUUAAAGCAAUUGGGUCACAUACUCCCCAGCUUUAUGGCCUUCCGAAGAUCCACAAAACUGGAAACCCGCUGAGACCCAUCUUAGACAUGUCGAGUUCUCCAUACCACAAAAUUGCAAAAUGGAUUACAGAAGUCCUUACGCCUGUAAGAGACUCAUUAUCAAAUCAUUCUCUAAAAAGUUCAUUUGAUCUAACAGAUACGCUAGACACCUUGAACAUCAAGGAUAAGGUUAUGUGUUCAAUUGACAUAGAAUCUUUAUUCACCAAUGUUCCCCUUAAUGAAACUGUUGAUUUCAUUUGCGAUUACAUCACAAGCAGUGGGAUAAACUUACCUAUUCCUGUAACUUACAUCAGAGACAUCAUCUUAAUGUGUACAGAAAAUAUUAGAUUCACCUUUCAAGAAAAGGCAUACAAACAAAUUGAUGGUGUUGCGAUGGGUAGCCCUCUUGGGCCCCUGUUAGCAGAUAUGUUCAUGUCGAAAUUGGAGAAACAAAUGCAAGGUAUGCUUGGAGAAUUUAUACUGUAUAAACGUUAUGUAGAUGAUACUCUCAUUAUUGGUGAUAAUAUUAAAUCUAUUGAAAACUUUAUUACUCUAUUUAAUCAUAUUCAUCCAAAUAUCCGAGUGACUUCCGAACGCGAAUCGAAUAACAAACUCGGUUUCCUCGAUAUUACAAUGACCAGGAGAGAUGAUGGUACGAUUCAGAGAUCUAUUUUUCGUAAACAAACGUGGAGUGGACAAUAUCUUCAUUUUACCAGUUUUGUUCCUAUCCAGUAUAAACGUUCCCUAGUGAAAUGUUUGUUCUCAAGGGCCCGAAAAAUAUGCACGAGUGACACAGUGAUGGAUGAGUUUCGACAUAUACAUUCAGUUUUAUUAGCUAAUGGUUAUCCGGAAAACUUUAUCACUUGUCACAGUAAAGAAAGACCACAUCUCGAAAAGACAGCUUCGGUACCAAAGAAAGCUAUCUUUAUUAACCUACCAUUCAAGGGUGAUCAGAUUAUGCAGUUGACAGCUCAAAGACUCCGGUCAGCCAUCAAACGCACAUUCUACGCCGCAUCUCUUUUCCUCACUUGCCGAACAUUUUCAAUCCCUGUACCUACGAUUAAAGGACGAAAUUCUGUGGACUCUACUUCAAACUGUAUCUACAAGUUCACCUGCAGCUGCGGUGACACCUAUAUAGGUAGAACCAACAGAAUGUUCCAAUGUCGUCGGAAAGAACAUGUUCCAAAAUGGCUACUAAAUCACAUAGAAAAUCCCAAUGCCAGUAAUCUGAAUAGAAAUCCAGCAUCAUCCAUUGCAAAACACUUAUUAAUGUCAGGUCACAAAAUAAAUAUUAAUGACUGUUUUACAAUUAUUUCACAUAACUCUAAUUCAAGGUUAUUGAAGGUGAUGGAAGCACUUUGGAUUAAUCACAUACAGCCUAAACUGUGUGUACAAAAAUCAAUAGACUUCAAUCUUCGCCUACCCUGGACUACUUGACCUAUCUAAAUAUGAUUGGUCAUUAGUAUGUACUUUUGUUUUUAUUUAACUGAGUAAUUGUCAUGAACUUUAUUUUAUUAUUGUUAACCAUGUUAGUUGUAAAGCGGUUGUAAAGAAACUACGAAAUGAUAUCAUCUCGCGAAAUUUGUCUUCUUAAUGCCUUAUUCAAAUUUAUCAAAGGG